AUGAAUAGCGUUGGGACGAACGAUCUAGAAACGGCGGCAAAGAAAGAAACACGGAAUGAAGUUUUAAUUACCCAUGAUUUGCCAAAUGCUGGAGGAACACAACUAUCACCAUUGAUUAUGCCAAAUCUGACUCAGACACGUGAUGAAUUGUCCAGUAAUCGCUAUUCGCCUAUUGCUCGAAGUAGUAGUGCAUUUGAGGUACUUUUCAACACUGUUUUAUCUUAA